GAUUUCAAAACUUUCACAUCUUUUCCGUUUUUUUUAAUAGGAAAAGGAAACCAGAUGGCAUCAACAUUAACAAAUGAACUUAAACCAAUCACAGAUGUAACAUUAACUAUUAGAAUCAUUAAAUCAUUUAAAUUUAGGAAUUUUAAAUCUUUAGUUUUACAUCAUUUGAAUGAACUUACGCUAGAUGGAUUAUUAGAAAUCUGUUUAAAAGAGAUGAAAGAACAAACUGGUUGGAAAGCUUUUCAAAAUUUAAAAUUAGAUACUUUUAAAUUAUACACAAAAGCGCACGGUUCCAAGACAACUAAUCUGAUCAUCAAUUUGGAUCAAGAUGAAUUAAUCUUUACUGAUCAUACAAUCCAUUUAUCUGAAUUAGGUUUAGAAAAUGAAACUGAGUUAAGUUUGUUUAAUAGAUUGGAAUAUGAUGAAUUUAAAUCAAAUCCAGAACAAUCUUGGUAAAACCAAAAGUUUAAUCAUCAAUCUUGAUCUUACUUGUUUUGUCAUCUUGACUUGUUACUUUCAAAUUCGAUUUCUUAUUUUGUAUAUAAUGCUUUGUACUACGAAGAUAAAGAAACAUCUGCAGCAUUAAUCCUCAUAAUACAUUUUCCUUUGUGUUUUCAAUCUUAUUUUGUGUAUUCUGAUUUUC